UGUGCUGCUUUAGUCGGGGAAGACCAACCUCUCUGCCCAGAUCUCCCAGAACUCGAUCUCUCCGAAUUAGACGUGAAUGACCUGGAUGACAACGGGUUCCUGGGUGGACUGAAGUGGUACAAUGACCAAUCCGAAAUCAUCUCCCAUCAGUAUCCUACUGAGACAUCCAACAUAUUUGAG